UCUAGCGAUGAUUAUAAUUUGUUGUAAUAUUUGAACAAUUUCAAAAAUUUUGAAUUCAGUACGUUUUGUAUGCUCGCGGCGUUAAGAACUUUUUAUUUAAAUAUUUAACUUUUAGUUGAACGUGAUAAAUUGACGAAUAAAAAAAAUCAAAAAAAAAAGUAAAAAAAGAAAUAAAUUGAAAUAAAAGCAAUCAAAUCAAAUGUGAAAAAUCUCAUUAUAAUGUUAAACACUAAACAAAAAUGAUAAUAAUGAAGAUAAUAAUACAAACAGCAGCAACGACUUUUUAAAAAAAUAAUUAAGUUAACAAAAUCUAAAUUAAUUUAAAUGCAAAACAAUAAACAAACAAAUUUUAAGCACAAAAACAACAAACAAAUAAAAUUAUAAUAAUAUUGAAAGAAAACAAAUUGUUUUUUUUUUUCUAAAAAAAAAGAAAAGAAACUUGUAAAAAAACAUUUUUUUCACUUGAAAAAAAAACGAUUUAAUUCAGAACAAGGUGUGUGAGUUUCUGUGUUUAAAAUUGUGUAUAAAUUUAUUUAGUUAAUAUCACACAAAUAUGGCAAAUGCAGGUUACACAUGUAUAAGAAGGACAUUUUGUUGGCUCAAUAUUAUUUUAUGGCUUUGUAGUUGUGCUUUUCUUGGAGCUGGUAUAUGGUUGCGUUUAUCGUAUGAAGGUUAUGCCACACUACUGCCAGAUCAUGCUGCUUUAAGUGCUGACUCCGUAUUCUUGUGCAUUGGUGUUAUUGGUUUUGUAACAUCUUUCCUGGGUUGUUGUGGUGCUUGGGUGCAAUCACGUUGUCUUUUGGUGUUGUAUUUUAUGCUGAUUAUAACACUAUUUUUGAGUGAAUUCUUAAUUGGUUCGAUUGCUUUUAUAUUCCGAGGAGGCCUGAGUCGUACCUUGGCAAAUGAGUUGCGCUUUGGCAUAGAGCAACAUUAUAAUGCCUCCGAUCGUGGUUCGUUAAUAGCGCCAUCUGUUGCCACUAUUUGGGAUAAUGUGCAGAAUUCGUUUGAAUGCUGUGGUGUCUCCUCCUAUGAAGAUUGGUAUGACAUACAGUCUUGGAGUGGCAAACGUUGGGUGCCCGAAUCUUGUUGUAAACCCAUCUACGAAAAUCGUGGUAUACUUACCGAGGGUUCGGGUGAUAGUUUAUUAAUACGCGUAGACUGCGGAAAAUCUGAAAACCCUUCCCUAUGGUGGGAUAAGGGAUGCAUACAUUCCCUACAACACUGGCUAACCGAUAAACUAAAUAUUAUAGGCGCUGUUGGUUUGGGUAUAGCAUUCGCACAACUUUUCGGUCUCAUCACCUCCAUGUUACUAUUCUGUACGGUAAAACAUAAGCGAGAAUCAGAUACAUAUAAAUCAUACUCACCCUCCAUUGAUCCACAAACACGACCGAGUAGUUGGGAAGAUUGAACUAAACUCUAGGUGAAGAAUAGUAUAAACAAUUCUUCUCUGACCUAGUCGUUAUACGAAAA